CUUUCAGGAUCCAGCCGAGACUCAUUAGCUCGCGAGAGUUCCAUCGUCCAGCCUCAUCACAGGCCUGCAGCAGGAAAGGGAGGCAGAGAAGAGUCGCGAGAUUUGGCCCAACAACAUCCCUCCCCGGACUCCCCCGCCUCCUUCCCGGCGCUCUUUCGGGCCCAGCUUUCCCGGUUGCACGUGUAGUUGUUAUGGUUCAAUCUCACGUGGUCGCGGAAGUGCCGGCACUGCAGGUCCGCCUCCAAGAUGGCGGCGCCCAGUGAAUAAGGUCGCGACACCUGCUGAACCUCGGUUUAUAGCUUUGGAGGUGUCUGCGGGGCCAUGGACCGACCCGGGUUCACGACUUCGCUGGUGGCUGGUGGGGUAGCAGGUGUCGCUGUUGACUUGAUAUUAUUUCCUCUGGAUACUAUUAAAACCAGGCUUCAGAGUCCACAAGGAUUUAAUAAGGCUGGUGGUUUUCGUGGAAUCUACGCUGGCGUUCCUUCUGCUGCUAUCGGAUCCUUUCCUAAUGCUGCUGCUUUUUUUAUCACCUAUGAAUAUGUGAAAUGGUUUUUGCACACUGAUUCAUCUUCAUAUUUAAUGCCUGUGAAGCAUAUGUUGGCUGCCUCUGCUGGAGAAGUGGUUGCCUGCCUGAUUCGAGUUCCUUCUGAAGUGGUUAAGCAGAGGGCACAGGUAUCUGCUUCUUCGAGAACAUUUCAGAUUUUCUCUAACAUCUUAUAUACAGAGGGCAUCCAAGGAUUGUAUCGCGGCUACAAAAGCACAGUUUUAAGAGAGAUUCCUUUCUCAUUGGUCCAGUUUCCCUUGUGGGAGUCCUUAAAAGCCCUGUGGUCCUGGAGGCAGGACCGUGUGGUGGAUUGUUGGCAGUCAGCAGUCUGUGGAGCUCUUGCAGGAGGAUUUGCAGCGGCCGUCACCACGCCUCUGGAUGUGGCAAAAACAAGAAUCAUGUUGGCAAAGGCUGGUUCCAGCACCGCUAGUGGGAAUGUGCUGUCUGCACUGCACGGGGUCUGGCGGACACAGGGGCUGUCUGGAUUGUUUGCAGGUGUCUUCCCUCGAGUGGCGGCCAUCAGUCUGGGAGGCUUCAUCUUUCUGGGUGCUUACGAGCGGGCCCGCAGCCUGCUGUUGCAGCUUGGCAGAGAGCGCCCCUGUGUCGGGGACAGCACCCCAGGCACGGCUCUCAAGACGGGCAGUGCCAUGCAAGCAGCCGUGCGGCGUGAACAAGGGGAUCUUGAGGAUGUGUCUCCGCUGCCGUCGGCUGGCCGGCACACUCACGCAGAACCCCAGCCACAGCGGUACUCUCAGCCCCCCGAAUAAAGCCGUGUGGUGACGCCCCGUCCACGCUGCUCGGAACCUUCAUUUAAUCUGUAGCUGACCUUGCAUUUCCUGCCCCCUGCCAGCGGACCGACCGCGGAAGGCAGAGAGGCUUCUAGACGCUUCUCAUUCCGAUGGGGCUGGACGGGGAGCGGGAAGGAGGGGGCUCCGAGGGAAAGUGGGGCCCGUGGCUGGGCGUUUCCCCAUGGUGAAGCUUCGGGCUCUGUUGAGAAACUGACGUGCAGGUGCAGGCGUUCUCCGGGGCGGCCAGGCUGCUGUUCUUAAUUAAUUACUCAGAUUUCCCCGAAAAAACAGGAUUGUAUUAUUUGUCAGAGAAGCGUCCAGCAGCCCACGUGGUGUGUGAGAGAAAGCAAGCGGUUGCAGCUCAGGGCCGAGGUGGGCCUGGCUGGCUUCGGGGCUGGAGGGUGCUGUGGGCCCACUGAGGACCUGAGCCCUGUGCCACGCUUCUCCACCCGAGACCCAAAGGAGGGGCAUGGGCUAGCCGGGAGCCCGAGUGCUGCGUCUGCGUGCCCGGUCGGGAAGGUUGGUUGCGUGCUACUGGGAAUGAGACAGGACGAAAUGGGGAGGUCACCAUUUCAGAGCUUGACUAAUAAGCUCCAGGUGUGAGAAAAAUUCAGAGAGAAAUCUCAGGAAU